AUGGACGCGCUCGCGGUGCUGACCGCCUCGUUGAAGGCGACAGGCAAGACCAGCUCGCCGGGCUACCACUACGACAUGAUGCACGAUCUCGAGCGAAACGAGGCGUACGCCGUCGCCAUCGCCGCCGAGGCGGAGGAGGACGACUUCAUACUCGACAUCGGCGCGGGCUCCGGGCUGCUCAGCCUGCUCGCGAGUAGGAGCGCGGCGCAGCACGUAUUCGCGUGCGAGGCCGAUCCAGCGCUUGCCGAAACGGCGGCCGCGGUAGUCGCCGCCAACGGCCUCGAGGCGCGCGUGCACGUCCUCCGAAAGCCCUCGACCUCGCUGAGCGUCGGGUUCGGCAAGGGGUGCGACCUGCCUUGCAAGGCGGACCUGGUAGUGACGGAGAUCUUCGACUCGGUUCUGCUGGGCGAGGGCGUGCUGGCCACGCUGCGCGACGCGCACGGGCGGCUGCUCGCGCCGGGUGGCCGCGUCGUGCCGCACGCCGGCACGAUCAUGGGCGUGCUUCUGGCGUCGGCGACGGCCGAGGGCAUGUUCGGCCUGCAGCAGGAUGGGCCGCUCGGAGCGGGAGCGACAGCCGGCCGGCCGGCGGCGCAGGCGACCUGCUCGGUGGCGCCGAUCCACAUGCACCUCGACCCGCUGGUCGAACACGGGCUCGCGGUGCCACUCUCGGCGCCCUUCGCCGCGCUGCGCUGCGGCUUUGCGGAGCGGCCGCCCGAGCCGGCGGGCUCUACAACCGUGGCCGUGACCGCGACGGCCGACGGCGAGGUGAACUGCGUUGGCGUGUGGUUUGAGCUGCAGAUGGACCGCGCGGGCGCGGUACGGCUGGGCACGGCGCCGCGCUUUGCGGAUGCCGCCGAGCAGCCGCCUUCCACCCCUCGACCGCCCGCACGCGACCACUGGCGACAAGCCGUCUGCCUGCUUCCCACGCCGCGCCGCGUCACGCGCGGCGAGACGAUCACGCUCCUCGUCUGCCACGACGAUCUGACGCCGGCAUUUGCGGUGCAAGAGGAGGCGCGGCCGGUGGUGGGGCCGGCGAGCGCGCCGCCCGACGCAUCGCCGACUCCGGCGCGCGUGCCCUCCGGACUCGGCGGCGCCCACGACCACGCGGCGGUGCCCUGGCAGCGGCUGCUGCAACUCAACGACCCGGUGCACGCGCGCGUGCACGCGGCGUGGCUCUGCGAGCUGCCCCCGCACUGCGAGCUAGUCUUGGCAGUCGGCGACUCGCUCACCAUCCCGGCGGCGUGGGCGUCGGCCGCGCCCCCCUCGGUGAGCCUGGUGUGCUGCUGUAGCGACGGGGCGCACAGUCGCGCGCGCGCGUGGCUCGGCGCCGCCAGCGUGCCCGCCGCCCGCCUCGCCGCGCUCGGGUGGCUGGCCGGCACGGUGGGCUCCGCGGCCGGCGUGCAUGCGGCCGGCUUGCAGCACCCGGCCGAGCUCGCGGCCGCACUCGAUGACCCGUCGGCGGUCGUGGCGGUCGUGGCGGAGCCCUUCUACGACGUGCUGCUCGGCAGGGAAGGCGCCUCGCAGACCUGGGCGCUCGACCACAUCCUCCGCCUCCGGCAGCAGCUGAGCGCGCUGCGGGUACGCGGCGUGCUCUCGACGGCAAGGUGCGAGCUGGUCCCGGCCGGUGCCACCGAGUACAGUGUGCGCGCCGUGGCCGUGGAGUGCGACGAGCUCUGGCGGAGGCGCCAGCCAGUGGGGCAGGCGGUGGGCUUCGAGCUCGGAGCGUUCAACGAGCACGCGCCGCGCCCGGAGGCGGGCGGUCAGCUGGUUUUGCUCGACGCGACGCCGUGGCGAGGUGUCCUGCGUGAGCUCUCCGCCGCUGUCACCGUCGCGACACUCGAUGUGGCGGUCCAGGUGGCCGGCGCCGACGCGACGGAGCGCGCUUGCGACUCCUACCACCGCCACGCAUGCGUGCUGCUGCCGGCGCCAGUGGCGGUGCGGCCGGGCGAGGAGCUGCGCGUCGAGAUGACGGUCGAGGGGCUCGAGUGCUCGCGCUCGCCCGCCGGCCCCGACGCGAGGGACGCACUGCGCGGGUGUCGCGUGGCAUGGAGCGUGGGCCCGAGCGGGCGCGGGGCUGGCGCGGGAGACGCUCCUCCCACGUGA